AUGCGGCCCUCGUCCCAUUUUGCAUCCCCGAACGGGCCUGGCCUGCCGUCGAGGACGCCGCCCAUUGGCCCACUGGGCCCUGCUGUCACCCCUUCGGGUUUGGCGCGCCCUGACCUCGCCGCUCUGAGUUACAUCAUCGACUUGUGCCGAAUAUCUACAGAAGGGUCGCUCGCUCCUCUUCCCUUCCCGCCCACGCACCUUCCAUCUUCCCAAUUUUCCUCCUCCGUCUCACCCUUCUCGUCCCGCUUCCCGCUUCCCGCUUCCCGCUUCCCGCUUCCCACCUUCUCAGCCCGCCGCCCCACCGACAAUAAUCUGCCGAUCUCCAUUGCCGGACCGUUUCACCAUCACAUUCCCCCCCAGCCCGCCCCCCUAAGAAAAACCGCUCUUUUCCGCCUUCUCGGCAGCCCAUGUGAAUCUGGAGGAUUACAACUACGCAGAUCUCGCCCGAAUUCUUCAUUUCCACCGCCUACAUUUCCGCUUCCCUAUCCCGCCCCCCAACAGCAGCUCGGACACCCUUUUGCAUCCCCACCUUCCGCAAGCCAACAGACCCAGUCGCACGAAAAUCCAGAAAAUGACUUUGACAGGAUUUUGGAGGAGAUCUCAUCAGAUGACAGGAGUCAACCCCUCAGCACGAGCUGGAGAAACACCAAGGACCAUGCCGCCGCCCCUCGCAGAUUGAAUCUUGGUGAUUUUUCCCACGACUGCCCUGAGAUACCAGGCAAGGCGGAUACAGCUGUGGAACGCGUCCCUGAAGUCAGCUUUCACACAUGCUGGUCAGGUGGAAAGUACAGCCUCAAUGGGCUACAGCCUGUCUGGGCUGAUCGUGCUGUGGACACGAUAGGCGUGGCUCUGAAACUUCAUCUUGCUCUUGAGGAGUCAAUCCCUGAGAGCCAUUUGAAAAUGUAG